CACAUUACCCGGCAGACUCUGAUCACAGACGCCAUGUCCACACUGGUGUGGAUGGUCCUAGGCUCGGCGGCAGUUCUGCAGGCAGCUGCAAUAGAUCCCAAAAAUCCAGCAGAUGUAGACAGACCGUCCGUGACCUUCACACCCGACUGGAGGAAAAUGUUUUACAAUGAGACACUGACCUUAGGAUGCACCGGAUUAUCUAACGCACAAGGAAACCAGACUUAUAUCUGGUACAGGAACAAUAAUAAGCUGGAUAUAAGUCAGCAAUACUUUACUAUCGCCUCCAUCCAGCUGUAUGACCGCGCACAGUAUCAGUGCCAGACCGGCAGUAGUAACAGGAGUGAGGCUGUGAGGCCGCAUGUUAUAACAGAUCUUACCAUCUUGCGUGUACCCCGCUACGUCUUUGAAGGGGACAUCCUGAUUGUGAAAUGCGACAGUCGGCUUGAUGUGAAUACGACCAAUGCUGUGAUAACGUUUUACAAAAACGCCAAAUACUUGAAGGCCAAAAGCACAGACAGUAACGUGUUUAUUGGAAAAGUAGAUCUCAGUGUGGCUGGACGAUAUAGUUGCAUGAAGAAAGCACUUUUUAAUAACGUGGAGAAAACUAGUGAGGAUGAAGAGUCCAUCUCAGUCACAGAACUAUUCUCUGUCCCCGAAAUAAAAAUCCAUCCAUAUACCAUAUCCAUGAAUGCAGAAAUGACUCUGACCUGUGUCACAACUCUUCAUCCUCUCAAGGCAGGCACUGAACUGUACUUUGCUUUCUACAAGAAUGGAUGGCACGUUCAAGGCCUCAGUUUGUCUAAUAAGUACAUAGUUCAGUCAGCUAAGGCAGAGGAUUCCGGGGAUUAUACCUGUGAAGUGAGAACUGCAACAAACAGUGUUUGGAAGAUGAGCCAGAUUUCAACUAUUCAGGUACAAUAUAUAUUUAAGCCUGUGGUGACUUUUAGGCCAAACUGGAACAAGAUUUUGCGAGGUGGCAGCAUAACUCUACAAUGCGAUGACAGAUCUGUCCUACAAGGAAGCAAAACGUAUUCCUGGUAUAAAGAUAACAGCAGGCUAUAUAGUGAUCUGCAAACAUAUCGCAUUUUUAAUGCCCGUGACAGUGACAUUGGGAAUUACCAGUGCCUAGCCAGCUCUGGGGAGAAAAGUGACCCCGUGCAUUUGGAUGUUUUCUUUGUAUGGCUCAUCCUGCAAGUGCCUCAUUACAUCCACGAAGGCGACAAAGUGAUUCUGACCUGCCGCAUGUGGUCUUCCGGACAAGCCCAAAACACAACCUUCUACAAAGAUGACAUCAUGAUCAAAUUUGACUAUUCUCUGUCUGACCUGAAUCUUGGGAUAGUAUCAAAAAACACAAGUGGAAAAUACAAAUGUACAAAGUUUAUAAACACGGGGUCAGCAUCUAAAAUAUAUAUUGCUGAAGAGUAUAUUUCCAUAGCAGAUCUUUUCUCUCCACCAGAAAUAAACUCAAAACCACAUUUAAUGGUUGAGGGAGCGGACAUGACCCUUACCUGCUUCACAGCACUCAGUCCCCUCAGGGCAGAUACAAAACUGGAGUUUGCUUUCUACAGAGAUGGAAGGAAGGUGCAGGACUUCAGUGCAUCCGACAUAUACAGCGUUCCGUCAAUGCAGAUGGAGCAUUCUGGGAAUUACACCUGUGAGGUGAGGACCCCCAGCGACAGUGUGCGGAAGAUGAGCAAACUCUUAUCUAUCAAAGUACAAGGUAUGGCAGUGGUGUCCUUUACACCGAAUGUUGGAAGAAUAUUCACCAAAGAAUCUAUAGCUCUUGCAUGCACCAUGCAUUCCAGUAUCAAAGAAAACCAGAUAUAUUACUGGUACAAGGACAAUGAGAAGAUGAAUGUUACUCAGCAGAAAUUUGUUCUUCCUCUCGCUGAAGUAGAAGACAGCGGAUAUUACCAGUGCCAGACCAGUAAUACCCAUAUAAGUGACCACAUCAGACUGGAUGUCUCCAACGCCGAUCUAAUUGUUCAAGCUCCUCCUGUUAUUUAUGAAGGGGACGUGCUGACUCUAAAUUGUCACCACCGUCCCGGAUUAAAUUUCCAACAUACUCGAUUUUACAAUGGUAACAGACUGCUAAAAAUACUGGAGAGUGAGUCUGAGCUAAAGCUGGGGAAAGCGCACAGAAAUAUGACAAUGGUAUAUUCAUGCGUAAAAACAAAUAUGAAAUCUGGUUUCGGUGGUUUUGCUUACACUGCAGAUACGUAUGUUUCUGUAACAGAGCUCUACUCUUACCUACAGAUAAAAGUCAGCAUGUCUCCAGUUUUGGAAGGCAAACAGUUCACCCUCUCGUGUGACGUAGCUCUAAGUCCCUUCGUAUCUUUUCUCCGCGGGAAGACAGACUUCCAAUUUGCUUUCUACAAAAAUGGGCAGAAAGUGAAGGAAUUCAGUGCCUCUAAUAAAUAUGACAUUCAGUCGGCUCGGAAGAGAGACUCCGGGAAUUACACAUGUGAAGUUAAAAGCUCAACCAGCGAUGUGACAAAGAUGAGCCAAGCAAUCGAUAUUGAUAUACAAGAAAUCUUUUCUGUUCCAAAAUUAUAUGUCGCCCCAAAUCUAGUUAGAGUCGGAGAUGACAUGGUGAUAACAUGUGACGCGACACUUAAUCCAAAUGCUUAUACAGAGCUUCUGUAUUCUUUCUAUAAAAAUGGAAAAAAGAGGGUGAUGUCUAAUAUGCUGAAUCAAUAUAAAGUUUACUCAGCUCGGCAAUAUGACUCGGGAGAGUAUGUCUGUGAGGUUUUCGUUUUUAAUAGCAACAUAAUUAAGCGGAGCAACAUCACAUAUGUUAUAGUACAAGAGCUUGUAUCUAAUGUAAGAACAACGCUCGACCACGAGGAUCCGGAGGUAAUGGCCGGGAGUAAUCUGACCUUCACUUGCUCCGUAAUAUAUGGGACCUCUCCUUCCUAUACCUGGCUGCAUAAUUCCAAGGUGGUGGAUGUGAACUGUGUUCUGUACCAGAUCAGGAAUAACGGGAAAGUGCUGCACAUAGCGUCUGCUCAAGAGCAACAUUCUGGGAGCUAUCAGUGCCAGGCGAGUAACACGUUCUCCACCGCCACGGGCGCUAUCCUGAAGAUCAGUGUCAUAGAGCCUAUAGCUGGUGUCAGUAUUAGUAUGGAGAUGGGGGAUCUUGACCUGGCGUCAGGAGACAGUGUCACAUUUAUUUGCGCAGUGUCACAAGGCAUGGCUUCAUCUUUCCUGUGGCUUCACAAUAACGAGACAGUGGACAAAGACGCUGAAAUGUACAGUGUCAAGGACAAUGGGAAGGUCUUACAUAUAGAGUCUACACAAGCCCGACAUGGAGGAACAUACCAAUGUAAGGCUAUCAAGAAUCUCUCAGUAAAACGGAACAUGGUCCUAUCUAGCGACCUUCUGACCAUCAGCAUCUCAGAUAAAAGUCAUUCAUACUUGGUAUCAACAGUUCUAUUGUCCUUGUUACUGGUAAUUAUCCUCAUCUCGGGUAUUGUCUACAAGUACCAGAGCAAAUUGGUUCCAAGCUUCAUCCACAGCCGCCCAGAGCAAAUCAGAGCCUCAGUCAAUCAUGACAAAGACAGUCUUCUUGGUAUGGAUAGUCUAGAGAGUUGUGAAAGAUUCUCCAAUUCCCAUCACUGAUGACGAAUCAAUGAAGCCAAGUGACUCAUCAGAUCCUGAAAGCAGGAGGAUUAUUAAUGACUUCAACAAUGAUCUCUAGAGCUUACAAUUAACCAAGUCUGAUUAUCAUGAGAGGACAGCAGAGUGGGGGUGACACUUGUGUAGAAGUACCGUGUGUUAGUGGGCAGCGGAUUAUGUUCUGUGAAUAUUGGAAAAGUUUUUGAAUAUUAAAAGUAAAUACUGGAAAUUCCAAAA